AGAGUUGAGCACAGAGGGACAGAGGCACGGAAACCCCAGAAAUGUCCCUCCUCAGAAACAGGCUCCAGGACCUGCCUGCCCUGUGCCUCUGUGUGCUGGUCCUGGCCUGCAUUGGGGCAUGCCAGUCAGAAGCCCAUGAAGGAACCCCCAGCCCCCCACCGAAGCUAAAGAUGAGUCACUGGAGCCUGGUGAUGGGCAGGAUGAAGGAGCUGCUGGAGCCAGUGGUGAACAGGACCAGAGACAGGUGGCAGUGGUUCUGGAGCCCCAGCACCUUCCGGGGCUUCAUGCAGACGUACUAUGACGACCACCUCAGCGACCUGGGUCCGCGCACCAAGGCCUGGCUCCUCAAAUCCAAAGACAGCCUCUUGAACAAGACCCACAGCCUGUGCCCCAGGAUUGUCUGUGGGGACAAGGACCAGGGUUAAAAUAUUCAUAAAAGCCAGGUGUGGUUGUGGCGGGUGCCUGUAGUCCCAGCGACUCAGGAGGCUGAGGCGGAAGGAUGGCUUGAGCCCAGGAGUCUGAGACCAGCCUGGGCAACACAGCAAGACCCCUUGGGUGGGAAACAAAAAGAAACAAAAAAAGUUCAUACUUCUCCAAUAAAUAAAGUCUCACCUG